GAUUGCAACAACAAAAAUUUGGUUACGCAUUAAAUUGGACCACAACACCCACCAUUUCUACACCUAUAUCUAGCAGCCGCCUUUUAUUUAAUCAACUUGACUAUGGCUCAUACAUCGGUUGGCUAUUUAAAUCUAUAAUCUUCAAACUGAGUGUGUGCAGACCAAACGCUUGCACACAACAGAUACUACAGCAUGUCACUCCAAAAUGGUUUGAAUGGCUGCUCUCUGAAGCAACUCACCGAAGUAGCAGAACAGGAUGAUGGUACAAAAUGGGCUUACCCAGCCGACGAUGUGAUCCGAGACAGCGGAUCGGUAGCUGAGCAUCGGCUAAAUGAGAUAGAACAGCCUUAUCAUGAAGUCCAGGCUGUAGAAUCAAAACCACAACUAGGAUGCAAAGACAGGCUCAACAAGUCUAACUGCCCCGAGAAGAUGGUCUUCGUCGUGAGCAUCUUGACGGUGAUAGUCGUCUGCUGUUCCAUGAUGUCUUUCCAAUGGUUCCUGCCCUACCUCUACACUGCCUAUCUGUCUGUCCUCAUACCAAUCCGUGCCUACAAGUAUACCAAUCUCAAGUGGCAGUUCUUCCUAGCGGACUGGUGCUAUGUUGCAAAUGCAAUGAGUAUCUUGUUCCUGUGGGCUGCCCCAUACAAAUCCAACUAUUUCAUGAUCGUGUUUGGCGUGACCAACGGUCCAGUGACGUGGUCCAUCGUGCUCUUUCGUAACUGUCUGGUUCCGCACAGCAUCGAGCGCAUGACGUGCCUCAUCAUCCAUCUCAUGCCCAGCUUGAUCACCUACCUGGUGCGGUGGUAUCCUACCGAGACGUCGCAGCACUGGUAUCAAGACUUUGCCAACACCACCAGGAUGGAGAUGGCUACGGGAUGGGAGUUUCUGUGGCUCGUGGCCGUUCCUCUUGCCUGCUACAUGUGCCACUUAGUAUUGUAUUUAGCGCUCUUUGUGUGGGCCUUAGGAUCUACCUUCAGCUCUUCCGAGUACCUCAAUAACUACACCUUUAUAGCUUACCAGAGUAACAACGUCUUCUCUAGGGCUAUUCGAUGUAAAGGAGGAAAGUUCAGAUUUUUGGUGUACAUGAUCUUUCAGGGUAUCUAUGCCUCCAUAACCAUCGCGAUGACGUGGCUAUGGUUUAACUUCUGGAUUGCCCACAUCGUAUUCCUGUGCUUUGUAUUUACAAUUGCUACCUACAAUGGGUCCACCUACUAUCUCGACCUGUUCCCAAAGAAAGCCUUUGAAUCUGAUCCCUAUCGAUUGUGUGGAAAGACACCAGAAUGAUCUAUCUUCUAUCUAGACCUGUUCCCAAAGAAGGCCUUUGAUUCU